AUUGAAUUAAUUGUUUCAAGGAGUCACUGAACCAAGCCCACUUUCAACUACCUUAUAAUUUGAAAAGUUAAUCUAUAUUCUUCGAACCCUCCACCAAAUUUCCUAAUGAAUUGACACACUACAUAACCUGCUCUGACAAAGACAAAAUGCAAAAGGCAACAUAAGUUGGCAUCUAUCAACCAAACUUAAGAGUCUCUAUCCCUCCCUCCCAAAUUGUAUACAAUUCAGAUUCCCCUCCAGUAACAGAACCGUCAUCCAUGUAACCAUCACCAUUGAAGAACACAAGAAAACUCCUCAUAGUGUCUCAAAGAGAUACACAGAUAAUUCUCGGAGACAAUUAUUAAAUAUAGCCCCUCACUAUUCAUGAUUUUAAUCAAAUAAUAUGUUUAAAAAACCAAAUCUUUUCUACAAGCAGGUAACACUAUGCUAGAGCCAAACAUUCCCAUCUUAAUCACCAAACCAAACCUCCUGUGGAUUGCUAUUGCACACAAACAAUAUGCUCAACAAAUUACUCAACUAUUACACACCAAUAUAGUAUAUAUUUUAUGUAAAAAUUGAAGCAAGACAGCCACCAGUAAAUGCUCCAGAAUUUGAAAGAAUCAGACAUGCAAUGUACACAAAAUGAAAUCUAAUAUGAAAAUAUGAAAUACAUCUGUGUGAAAUAUUAUUAUUUUUUUGAGCAUGCCUUUUUUGUUGCCAUACCCAUGUGCAUUAUAAUAUUAUUGCACUAAAAUAAAUAUGCUAACAUACUACAAAAUUAUUUAAUGUUUCACAUGUUGUGAAUUUGUAUUUAUUUAAAUUGGAUUUCAUGUGUGGUAGUUUUGGCAAUCAGAAGCAGCACGCCUGAGACAACAACUUCAGAACUUGCAAGAGAGCCACAGGUAUUGUUAAAGUUAAGAUCUUGUGCAUUGGAUUGAUUAGUCAAACUCAUCUUAGAAAGGGAAACUAAAAUUGAAUUACACAACUUGAAGUCAUGCAAGUUAAAACUAAAGAAUUAUAUAUUAAAAAAUAAUAAACCUAUAGAACAUGCCAAAUUUUUCCAUGGUAUUAUUAAACCAUAUAUUCAACU